AGUCAUGAAAUGUCAGCGGUUGUGUGUGAAGGGAGCAGCUCGUGGAUCUCCGUCAGUCAGUCAGGCAGUGAAGGGUUAAUGUUACUGUACAGAUACAGGACUGUGAGCUGGUGUCUAUAGGCUGCUCGUGUCCACUCGCUCCAUUACUCGCUGCAUGCUACUCUACUUUCCCCAUUCCCACAGUGAGCACCAAAGAAGAGCCCUGCACCUGCUCUGCAGACACCUUCCAGCAUGGAUGCGUUAAAAUCCGCCGGGAGAGCAAUAAUCAAAAGUCCCGGAGUUCCGCGGCACACAUGGGGAACGUCCAAGCAUGAAAAGCUUCCAGAGAACUGGACGGACACCAAGGAGACACUCUUGGAAGGGAUGGUGUUCAACGUGAAGUAUCUGGGCAUGACUCUGGUUGGCCAGCCUAAAGGAGAAGACAUGGCAGCGGCUGCUAUCAGGAGGAUUGUAGCCACGGCUCGGGCCAGUGCAAAGAAGUUUCGGAAAGUGACCCUCACUGUCUCCCCCAAAGGAAUCAUCAUCUCAGACACAGAGACCAAUGACCUCAUCGAGGAUGUUUCCAUUUACAGAAUAUCUUACUGCACAACAGACAAAACUCAGGAUAAGGUCUUUGCCUACGUCUCCCAAAGCCAAUUCAACGAAACUCUGGAGUGCCAUGCCUUCCUGUGCCAAAAAAAGAAAAUAGCUCAGGCUGUGACUCUGACAGUAGCACAAGCUUUCAAAGUAGCUCUGGAUCUGUGGGAGAUCGCACAGGAAGACAAAAGUAAGAGAACCCGCACAUGCUACACCUGUUCAGACCCUGAAUCUCAACCUGAAUCUGAAGCAAACAGUGUUUCAGAGGAGGAGAAGACUCGAGCUCUGAUGGAGCACAGACUUAGGAAGCCCUUCUUCCCUUCCUUCCUUUCACCAUCUCCACGCAGCAAAGCUAGGAGACGACCAAUCAAACACGACUCCUGGGAUGCGGAAGAUGGCCUCGAUGAGGCAUUUUCAAGCAAUAUGGAGGUGGAGGAGAUGGACGCAGGUAAGUGUGACUGGCAACAUCCCGCAGCAGAACCGUGUCUGAGGAUGCAGCUGUGAGUCCAGUGGAAGAAGAUCUCCUGUCCUUCAACAGCGAGGAUUCAGACUGAACACACACACACACAUCACUCUCACCAGCCUAUCAGAAAGUGUCCUGAACACACAGCACACCCCAGCACUGCACACAACAUGCAACGUAUGCCUCAGUGAUGGACUCAUUCACACAACUGCCACUUAAAACGGCAACAAUACCACAAAACAGCAGCAUAGACGUGCAUGAUUCAACUGUAGAACUCUUGAAUGCCAAUGUACUUGCAUUAUAAUACUGUAAGUUCAGGGUAAGUACUUGACAAUUCAACAUGUGUGAUACUGCAUCUUGCUAUAUUGUAUUCAAGCGUUUGUGUAAGUAGAAUUGCUACAAAUACCAUGUAAAAAGUGUAAAUCUUUUCAAACACAUCGGUGCUAUAUUUAGAUACUUGGGUUAUAUUAUUUAAAUAUACAGUAACUGCAAACAUGUACUUGAAAGGAAGACCAAAUGUACAUUCCACAAAGAAAACAGUUGUCCGUCCUUCAGCCCAGCGUUCUUCAAGUCGAGUGUGAUGAAACAUCAGAGCAGGUACAGUACUGGAGCCGCAUGUGUUAGGGAGUUGUAGUGAACGUUUGCAAAUAUAAGGAUGUAGAAUUGUUCAGGACUCACAUUCUGAAGCACUGUAAUUCAAUUUCAGAUACAUGUUUUGGGUCAGGGUGACAUUUGUUUAAGCAAUCAUUACAGAAACUCUUUUCUGUGACCAUAUUUUACAAAGGCCUCAAAACACUUCUGAAUUUCCUUCUUUAGGGUCUAAAAUAGUCUUGUGUAAAAUGCUUUCACACUGGCUUCCAGCCACAAGUGUUAGAUUUAUUAUUAUUAUUAUUGUCAUCAGUGAAACGUAAUUGAUGUUAAUUAUUUAUUAAAUAUAUGCAACUUCAUAC